AUGACCCUCUCUCUCAUCCCUUCAACACCAUUCUUCUCAAAAACCUUAACCCGUCUCAAACCAUUUCUCUCCCUUUUCUCCACACUCCCCCAUAACAACAACAUAUCUCCUUCUGAAUACGACACCAGUAACAGCCGUUUACAUUCCGCGGUCACUCAUCCCGAGUUACUCCUCCGAGUUCUCAACUCAGUUAAACACCGACCACUCGUCGCACUGAGAUUCUUCCGUUGGGCGGAGAAGCAGCCUCACUUCAACCGAUCUGGAUCGGCUUAUGUUGAGAUUCUAGAUAUUCUCGCUAGAAAUGGGUUUAUGAGAGGUGCUUAUUGGGUUAUGGAGAAGGCAAUUGAAGCUAAAAUCGACGGCGUCGUUUUGGAUGUUUUGGUUGGCGGCAGCGGCGAGGGUUCGAGUUCGGAUUCCGAGGUAGUGUCUGUUAAGCUUCUCGAUUUAUUACUUUGGGUUUUUGCGAAGAAAUCAAUGUUGGAGAAGUGUUUGUUGAUUUUUUAUAAAAUGAUUCAUAAUGGAUUGUUGCCUGAUGUUAGGAAUUGUAAUAGGGUUCUUAAGUUGCUUAGAGAUAGGAGUAUGGUGAAUGAGGCUAAGGAGGUUUAUAAUGUUAUGGUUCAGUGUGGCAUUAAACCUACAAUAAUUACUUAUAAUACUUUGUUGGAUUCCUUUUGUAAACAAGGGGAAGUUGAACAAGCCAUGGAGUUGCUGUUUAUGAUGCGGAGAAUCGGGUGUGAUCCGAAUGAGGUGACUUAUAAUGUUUUGGUGAAUGGUUUGUCGAGGAAAGGGGAUUUUGACCGGGCGAAGGAGUUGAUGGAGGAGAUGUUGAAGUUGGGACUUAAGGUUUCGGCUUACACGUAUAACCCUUUGAUUCAUGCUUAUUGUAAGGAGGGAAUGCUUGUGGAAGCUAGUGAUCUCGAGGGGGAGAUGUUGGGGAGAGGAGCUUUGCCUACAGUGGCAACGUACAAUACAGUCAUGUAUGGUCUAUGCAGAUUGGGAAGAGUGAGUGAUGCGAGGAGGUUGUUGGAUGUUAUGGUAAGUAAGAAUUUGAUGCCUGACUUAGUUUCGUAUAACACUCUAAUUUAUGGUUAUAGCAGAUUGGGAAACUUAGGGGAGGCUUUUCUGUUGUUUGUUGAGUUGAGAUACAAAAAUCUUGUUCCAAGUGUUGUGACCUAUAACACACUUAUAGACGGUGUUUGCCGAGUGGGGGAUUUGGAUAUUGCCAAGCGGAUGAAAGAUGAUAUGAUCAGACACGGACCUUUGCCUGAUGUCUUCACUUUUACGAUUCUUGUUAGGGGAUUUUGUAAGACGGGGAACUUGGCAACGGCUAAGGAAUUGUUUGAUGAAAUGCUGUGUAGAGGAUUGCAGCCUGAUCGUUAUGCCUACACGACUCGGAUAGUUGGUGAACUCAAGCUCGGUGACCCGUCAAAGGCUUUUGGCAUGCAGGAAGAAAUGCUAGCCAAAGGCUUUCCACCUGAUUUAAUCACAUAUAAUGUCUUCAUUAAUGGGCUCUAUAAAUUGGGAAAUUUAUAUGAAGCAAAUGAACUCGUACAGAAAAUGCUCCGCAAUGGAUUUGUUCCGGAUCUUGUGACAUAUACUAGCAUCAUCCAUGCUCACUUGAUGUCCGGGCAUCUUCGGAAGGCUAGAGUGGUAUUCUAUGAUAUGUUGAAGAAAGGGAUAUAUCCUUCUGUUGUGACUUACACAGUUUUGAUUCAUUCAUAUGCUGUUAGGGGAAGGCUGGAUCUUGCUAUUAUGUACUUCUUUGAAAUGCAAGACAAGGGUGUUAAUCCAAAUGUGAUCACAUACAAUGCUUUAAUCAAUGGACUUUGCAAAGAGAGAAAAAUGGAUCACGCAUACAAUUUUUUUGUGGAAAUGGAAUCAAAGGGUGUUUCUGCAAAUAAGUAUACAUUCACUAUUUUGAUAAAUGAGAACUGCAACUUAGGCCAUUGGCAGGAAGCUUUGAGAUUGUACAAAGAUAUGCUAGAUAAGGAAAUUGAGCCUGAUUCUUGCACACAUAGUGCACUAUUGAAGCAUCUAAGCAAAGACUAUAAAUUGCACGCAGUUCAUCAUCUUGAGAAUGUAAUUAGAGGGGGGUGA